AUGAACUGGGCAAAUAUGCAAUACACUCAAUCCAAAAAUUUUUCUGGGGCCGAUAAUGGUGCCCUACAAUUACAUAUAUUACAAACAGUUAUUCCAGGUGCUAGAGCUGAAAUUAAGCUUUGGAAUUUAGCUAAUAACUAUGAGCGUUAUAUGGGCUAUGUGACUUGUGUUAAAACAGCUUUAGGGGCUACACGUAUAUGGCCUGGUAAAUUGCGAAUUUUAAGACGAGGGCAUGCUUGGAUACGAGACUGGUUUUUAACUACAGAUUCUUGGUCAGCACGUGAUUUUAUGUUGCAUGAAGUCAGAAGUCAACUAGCACAAGCAGAAAAAUCAGGAGGUGUUGCAUUCCCGAAAGAAGGAAGGGUUUUGGCACAUUUAACUGAACCUGAUGUUGGUGAAUGUUAUCCGGAAUGUGAUUAUUGGACAUAA